AUGACUGCUGCUAUACAAGAUGAGCUUUUGCCGGCUCGAGAUACCACUUCAAACACUCCGCGAUCCUCUCAGGAACGGCGUUGUUAUUCCUCGCCCACCUCCAUGGAGAGCGACGACAAGAAACAGAACCCAAAGGGGUUCGUGACCUCCAACGUUGAUCCACUAGAUCAAUCCCAACCCAUCGAAUAUCAUUCGAGCUCAAAGGGCCGUAUUGGCUCGGACCUGAUGGCAAACUCCAUGAAACUGCACAAACACAAAAUGAAAGAAGAAAUGGAGUCGGGGACCGUCGCAAGCGGCGCUGGAGGGAGACAUGGCAGCUUUUUUACGUCUAACGAUGAUCUUUCCAUAUUGCAAGACGAAGGUAGCAUUUUGGAUGCUCACAGUCUUGUUGAUAACGGAUCGUUUAUACAGGGGACUACCGACGAUGACGUUAUUUUAAAUGGCAGCACUUCGCGUCGAAAGCCUAUUAAAAGAGCCACUCAGGACUCUGGUAACUCCCUAAGGCAGUUUCCGUUCGAUUCUGAUAAACACGCCAAAAUUGUCCCAGCACAAGAACCGCCGGAGGAAACCCCCGAAAUUGACGGGCCAACAUCUAUCCAUGGGAGCCCCAAGAAAUCGAGAGGUUAUUCGCGGCGCGAAGUGGGCUCUGUUGACAGCCGACCCCCACGAACAUCCGAAUCACGUGCCACAUCAGCACACUCUCUAAACAUUAGCCAUCGACCCAGUGCCCUCAACGAUGGCGCCUUAAAGCGCUCAGAAUCGGCCACUGCUGAAAUCAAGAAAAUGCGUGAGUCUUUGUUACAUAAGCGGGAAAUGCGUAAGAAACAACGAAAUUUUCUGGACGACGACAGAGUCUUGAUAGGCAACAAAGUUAGCGAAGGACACGUCAAUUUUACGAUUGCGUACAACAUGCUCACUGGCAUUAGGGUAGCGGUCUCCAGAUGCUCGGGCAUAAUGAAGCCUUUAACACCACGCGAUUUCCGUUUAAGUAAGAAGCUGGCCUUUGAUUUUCACGGUAACGAAUUGACUCCAAGCUCACAAUAUGCUUUUAAAUUCAAAGACUAUUGUCCAGAAGUUUUUCGCGAGCUAAGAGCCUUGUUUGGUCUGGAUCCAGCAGAUUACCUGAUGUCUUUGACCUCGAAAUAUAUCUUGAGUGAAUUGAAUUCUCCUGGAAAAAGUGGAUCCUUUUUUUAUUUCAGCAGAGAUUACAAGUACAUCAUCAAGACAAUUCACCACGCAGAACAUCAACAUUUGAGAAAGACUCUCAAGGAGUAUUACACACAUGUGAAGGAUAAUCCUAACACAUUAGUUUCCCAAUUUUAUGGCCUUCACAGAGUGAAAAUGCCAAUAUCAUUCAAAAGUAAAAUAAAGCAUCGCAAAAUUUAUUUUCUGGUAAUGAAUAAUCUGUUUCCUCCGCAUUUGGAAAUCCAUACCACAUUUGACUUGAAGGGGUCUACCUGGGGGAGGUAUACGAAGGUGAACCCAACACCGAAGUCUGAUGAGGAAGAAGCGCAUCGGCCGGUUCUUAAAGACGUUAAUUGGCUAGAGGAACAACGCAGCAUUGAAUUUGGGCCCUUGAAAAAAAAGAAAUUUCUUCAGCAACUGGAAAAGGAUGUGGACCUUCUUGCAAGACUGAACAUCAUGGACUACUCUCUCCUUCUGGGUAUUCAUGACGUUGAGAGGGGAAAUGACUUGAUAGAUGAACGGAACAUUUUAACCAAGUUUAGUCCCGACCAAAACGGGCUGCAGGAAAUUAAACGUGCUUCGAUGGCUGAACAACAGGCACGGUACAAAUCGGUGACAGCAGUGCAGCAUUACUUCCAGCAGGAUGAGGGAGGCAUAAGAGCUUCUGACCAGUUCAACAAUGACCUUGGAACCAUCUACUACAUUGGAAUUAUUGACUGUUUAACAAACUAUUCAUACCUCAAAAAGUUUGAGACUUUUUGGCGCGGCCUGAAUCAUGAUUUAAAGGUAAUAAGUGCAGUACCUCCCAGGGACUACGGAGAUAGGUUUUAUGAGUUCAUGCAAGCAUCCGUUAACAGGGUACCUCAAAAGCCGUACAAAGAUGACCCCAAUGCUUCGGAGUAUAAAGACAUGCUUCCUAUCGACGAAAAAAAUUGA